GCGAAGUAUUGUGAAAAUACAUGCAACUGUUGUACAUCUACCUGCGCAUAAGCCGGCUUGCCCUAUCAUUAAAAAAAUAGACAGAUAGGCUCGAUGAGUCCGCACCUAUGAUGUUUUAGCAUCGGUAUCACACGUAUUCAAAGGUUCUGCAUAGGGGUUGUUAGCCGGUGGUAGUUGAUGGCAUCACUACCUUGCAAUAGAGCGGUUGUACUCAAUGUUGGUAGUAUCCUUCUCCACUCCCGUUUAAACGCUUAUGGUGAGCACAGUCUUAGCGUAGCGCUUAUUAAUGUACACUUGUAUGAGCCAUUCGAAGGAUUUCGGCGAGAUAGUGAGAGGGCCAUCGCAUAGCUACAAGACUUGUGGCACUAUGAAUAAUGCCAACGACCACGAGACCAUUGGUCGUAGCAUUGUGCUAUCCGCAACACCCGACGAACAGAAUCUGUUCGAGUGCAAUGUUAAACUCGUCAGAAAAGACACAGACUGGACUAUCGGACUGUUUAUUUUCAGUGAGGGUAUCUACUUUGUACAACAGGGAUCCGAUAAGGUUAUAAUGAUUCCCAUUAAGGACAUCACAAAUGUACGCCCGGGAAAACCGGGAGCAAAACAGGUCAAGUUGCAGAUUAAACGCAGUUUCAAGACUAAAACGGGAGAGACUAAAGAUGUGCCGUACACAUUUAUCUUCCCCGAAGCACAAUCGAAUGCCCAGGAACUUAUGAACAAAUGUCGAGACGUGCUAGUGACUCUCAUGUUCAAGCGGCUGAAGCCCGAGGAUCGGCAGAAGCACUUCGAUAACUUAACACUGGAGCAGAAACAAAAGCUCACAGCCCUCAACACAGACGAGAGUCUCAAGCGACUGCACAGACAGCUGGUGGGGGGAGGCACUCUGACCGACGACGAGUUCUGGAGUGAGAAUAUGGUGUGUGGGAUGUGUGUUAGGCGUGCCGAUGGUAUGGUAUGGUAUGAAUUCAUUGUUGAUGUUAGUUUGCUGCGUCGUGCUUCCUUUCCUGCCUACACCACCUAUUGCUGGCGUUGGUAUCUCAUGGAUGGGGAUAUGGUGGGCGUACAUGGCGUGGGGAUGUGA